AUGCGCUGCAAUAUCGGAGCUGCCGUCCUGGCGGCUAUUGCACCACUUGGCGCACUCGCUGCCGACUCUGUAGUCACCACAGAUCCCGAGACGGGUUUUACUUUCUCCUCGUACGCAGCUUCAUACGCCAUUGGCAAGACGCUGACCAUUCGUGUCGCCAUCCCGAGUAAUGCGACUCCCAACGCUCCAUAUGACGCCGUCGUCCAGCUUGCAGCACCUGUCGAGGUCGGAUGGACUGGACUCGCCUGGGGCGGUAGCAUGGUCCAAAACCCACUGACAAUUGGUUGGGCAAACGGCAACAGCGCUAUUAUCACACCUCGAUGGGCCACUGGCCACUCAACCCCAGCGGUUUAUAGUGGUGCGACGCUACAAGUCCUCAAGAUUGGCACACACACCAAUGGUACGCACUGGCAGGUCACCGCAAAAUGCACCGGGUGCACCUCCUACACAGGCGCAAGCGGAGCCAAGGUCCUCAGUCCCACGGGGUCCAAUCGCCUGGCUUUUGCAUAUUCCAAAAGCAAGCCUUCGAACCCAUCAUCGGGCUCUUCUAGUUUCCCUGUCCAUGACGUGACUAACUACUGGAGUCACGAUUUCGCCGCGGCGCAAAACGUAAACUUUGCUGCCCUUGUUGCCAAGAACAGCUGA